AUAUAGACUUAGUAAAAGCUUUAGUCCUACUGUCUCUCUCACACACUGAGAUCCAGUUCUGCCACGGGCCAUGACAAAAACAUGAAUGUGGGGAUUUAACAGCGUGUAAUACCAUUAGUAGCACAGCAUUUUAUAAAUUGUUUUCUGCAGGUUUAAAAAAAUGUCUGAAUUCAGCCAAAAUUCUGACCAAGAAGUCAGAAUUGAGGACAUUGAUGAAGAUGAAAUCUUAGGAAACUUAUCCCCUGAAGAGCUGAGGGAGCUCCAAUGUGAAAUGGAAGUCAUGGCUCCAGACCCAAGAGUCCCAGUUGGAAUGAUACAGAAAGAUCAGACUGAAAAACCUCCAACGGGAAACUUUGACCACAGAUCUCUUGUUGAUUACCUGUAUUGGCAGAAGGCAUCAAGACGCAUGCUAGAGGAUGAGAGAGUUCCCGUCAACCUCUUGCCAUCUGAGAGAAACAUUGCAGAGAAGUUUGAAGAAAAUACUGGGGAUAUGGACAAUAUUGCUAAGCAAAAAAUGGUAGAAGAUACUACAGAAGCAGACAGAAAAGAAAUAUAUUACAAAAAUGAACAUGUUGAACAGGCCAAGCCUGGUUCAGCACAACAAUCGGGAGAAACAAAUGAAGAGAGAAGCUAUAAAGAGACAGAAGAUGAGGAGGAGCAUGAUGACGAUGAGGAGGAAGAGGAGGAAGAUGAUGACGACGAUGAUGAAGAUGAUGAUGAAGAGGAGGAGGAGGAGGAAGAUGAUGAAGAAGAAUCAAAAAUGAAUAAGCCAUAUGGAGACAAAAACAGCAACAGUGAUCAGGUAACUAAGAAGCCAUGUACAAAAUCAGGGGAAAAUCCAGAAAACCAUGAGAAGAAAGUAUCAAAACUACAAAUUCCAAAGAAGUUAGCUGUAGAUACUAGUUUUAUUAAGUUAAGUGCAAGACCUUCAGGAAACCAAACCAAUUUAGAUGAGAGCUUGCAGAAGGUCCGGAAAAAUGAUCCAGAUGUGAAGGAACUCAACCUGAACAACGUUGAAAACAUCCCAAAGGAAAUGCUUGUGGACUUUGUGAACGCCAUGAAAAAAAACAAGCAUGUAAAAACAUUUAGUUUAGCCAAUGUGGGAGCUGAUGACAACGUAGCUUUUGCUGUGGCCAACAUGUUACGUGAAAACAGAAGCAUCACUACUCUAAAUAUUGAUUCAAAUUUUAUUUCAGGCAAGGGAAUCAUUGCUAUCAUGAGAUGUCUGCAGUAUAACGAGACGUUAACUGAACUGCGCUUUCACAAUCAGAGGAACAUGUUGGGCCAUCAAGCUGAAAUGGAAAUUGCCAGGCUUCUGAAAGCCAACCCUAAGCUGCUGAAGAUGGGCUAUCAUUUUGAACUUCCAGGCCCCAGGAUGGUUGUUACCAAUCUGCUCAGCAGAAAUCUUGACAGACAAAGACAAAAAAGGCAGGAGGAGCAAAAACAGCAGCAAUUAAAACAGCAGAGAGAGUUAAUAGCCAUGUUAGAAAAUGGACUAGGGUUGCCUCCUGGGAUGUGGGAAAUGCUAGGGGGACCAAUGCCUGAUUCAAGGAUGUAUAGCUCAAUACAAGCCCCCAAGCCGCCACCUGUCCCUAAAAUUAUGCCCAUGAGCAGGAAAAAUGAACAUGCAAGAAAGCCAGCCCCUGAAGAACAGAGUAGUGAGGAACCUGCCUCCUUCAAAAUGGUCAAACUCAAGAGAACUCAGCGCAAGCCCACUAUACCAGAAUACGUUGAACCAGCUGAAAAAACAAAUAUCAAAGAUGUGAUCAAGACUCUUAAACCAGUUCCAAAAAAACGACCACCUCCCCUGGUUGAGAUAACCCCAAGAGAAAAGCUCUUAAAUGACAUUCGUCAGAGUAACGUCGCUUAUCUUAAACCGGUGCCAAUGCCUAAACAGCUAGAGUGAAACACCAGAUUCUCCUGAAAGAAACAACUUGAAAUAAAGACUAUUCAAGUUUCACUGACACUUGUUUCAAAGGAUGCUUUCUUCAGAAGCCAAGUGGUAGAUACGAACAUGUGGGAACAAUGGCUGUAAUAUGUAUCUGUUUAUACAUUGAUGAAAAGGGUGGAAUGGAACAAGUCAAUGCUAAAAGGAUUUCCAUCAGCUAUCAAGUAACAACGAUACCCUGGUAUAAUCUCUGUCUGCCAGCUGGAUUCUAGUCUCCAGUUUGCCCACAGGUAUUUGCCCAGCAGCAGCAAUAACUUAACAGGUUUUACAGAUUCAGUCAGUAAACUCUAUUGCUUACAUGGUA